UACGAGUGCCAGUCAGUGGUGUCCGCAGCGGCGCGAGGACGUGGAGCCGCGGUGCCUGUGAGUCGCAAAGUUACGUACCGUCGCUGUAGAAGUCGUGAAGUCAAUGCGCGCUACCUGACUUGCAUUAACCUUUCCUCACGUUCCGAUAAGACGCAGUAAAUCGUUCCUAAGUCUUUUCCUUUCGCUGGAUGGUUGUUGCGGAACUUUUUCACGAAGUUCGAUUCAGAGUUCGCAGUACAGAGCCAGAGUGUCCGGCGCGUUACGAGGGCGAGGAGGAGGAGAGGAGGGCGUAGCGUGUGGACAGUACCUUCCCUCCUCCCACCCCGUUAACAGUAGUGACCUUGACGGGUGGUUAUUGACAGCAGGUGUGUGUAGGGAGGGCCACCACACCUGCCUGGAAGGGGACACUAACCCGGGUUGCCUCAGUGUAAUAUUUAGUUUGUCUUCUCAUCUUUUUGCAUUGAAGUUGAAGUUUAGUCUCCUACUCUCAAGGUCAAGGUGUUUCUUAGCCGCUGCCGGUGACCUGAGCAAGAGGGAGGAAGGUGAAUGAAACUAUGGCUCGUCUGUAACUUGAUUCGUGAAGUGGAAAUGAAGUAACGUGAAUAAAACACUGAAAUUCAAAGUGUUCGCGAUUAUAAUGGGAAUGAAAAGUGCGAAGUUUACGUAAAUUUGCACGUGAUCUAAAUAAUAUAAGACGAAGUUGACACAUAGACGCUCACACUCACACUUACACACACACACACACACACACACACACACACACACACACACACACACACACACACACACACACACACACACACACCUGCCAUGCUGCAUCCGAGUUGAGCAGGUGUGACUCACGUGGAGACAAGAGAGACAAAUGAAGAGAAGAGGAAGGACCGAGACAGAACAGAAAGAGCAUUGACGUAAUCCACCAUGCAGGAGUCGAACACACCGCUGUCAGCCUGGCCAAUUGACAGGUGAUGUGAGUGAUGACGGGAAGAAAGGUUCCUCUCCCUCGCACCGCUUCUCCCAGGCCCGUCAGAGCUCUACUUCCUCUCCUACUGGUGGUGUUUUGCUGCUCCGCCCCUGUCCGUCCUGCCUCCUCGGUGGGGAGGCAGGGAGCUGUGGGCGAUGUAGGGCAGUCGGGAAGCCGGGGCGUGCUGAGUAGCGUGUGGCGGCACGGCGGGGGUUCCUAUGUUCUGAAUGCCGAUGACUUACCCAAUACCGAAGGAGACGGUGAAGUGGUCAGGGCAAGGACUUGGGAUCUGAAUGAUGGAGAUUACAGUGAAUCACGAAGCGUAGCAUUACAAAGGAGGAGGCAUCUGUAUCACGGAGAAUACCCAGUGACCAGAAAAAGUGUGCAUCGAUCUCACGAGUCCUUGGAUGCUGACAAACGCUCAUCGGAAAAUAGCAAACGGUCCUCUUCGUCCUUCUUUGUCUCCUCAGAAUGGAGGCAACCCACAAGUUCCUCAGGACGCAAGGGGCCGAGGGAUAUCCGUCCAGGAAAUUGGGCUCAGGAAGACGGAGAGUUUGAGCGGGUAUCGAGCGGGGAUGAGAGCAGCAAGAGAAAAGCGUCUCUGUCACAACACAAGUCCUCCAUUAUGAGAGGAAGAGGGGAGUGGCGGCGGGCGGCGAGGGGAGGCGAAUUGCUUUCCCGGCGGGGGCGGGAAGUGUUGGCAGACAACAGCCAGGCCGACUUCCAGGCAGACAAGAAUCUCGCACGCUUCACCUCCCACGGGAACGAGAACCCCAGUCACUCCAGCACGCCCCUUGGGGAACGACUGGCAGCCCUCGGCACAGACGGGGCACCACACCUGGAUCAUUUCGGCGUGCCGGUGGACAGCGAAGGAUACAUUCCCCCAAGCAUAGACCCUGCAGCCUACCCUCUCCGGGAGCACCAGUGGCACUCCGGCACCGGCACCAUGCCACUCGAGGCGCCGCACUCUGGUUUCUCGGACUACAGGGAGAGUUUGCAGCCGGGACUUGUGGACCAGACCCCUUACGACCUGGAGGAGGUGCUGGCGAGGGAGGAGGCAGCGCUGGCGGCCAACACACUCAUGGUGCACCAACCUCCGCUCGAUGACCCAGGCUGUGGCUGCUGGGAAACUGACACUGAAAAAUCGUACUGGGAGUGUAGCUGCUGGAACUGUGACCUCAAUCAAGUCCCUACCAACUUCUCCAGUCCUGUCAGCAUAAUAACCCUGAGUAACGUGAACCUCAAGACAAUUCGCAACGACUCCUUCACACGUUACAGGGACACUCUCAAUGAUCUGGUGCUCGACAAGAUGGGGGAGCUGAGCACUAUUGAGGCCGGGGCUUUCAAAGGACUCAACCACCUCCGAUCCAUCUACAUCCACUCAGCCCCGAAGCUCCAAGCCAUGCCCAACCUGACCUUCAACGAGGACAACACCAAGCUCAUGAUUUUCCGCAUCACCAACUCUGGGCUGGAGUCGAUCCCCUACAUCGCAGCGUCGGGCAAAAUAAUUCAGAUGAUCGAGAUGGACACGAACCGCAUCCAGAAAGUGGGCAGUAGAUCUCUUCACGUCAUGGUUGAUUCGCUGUCUCUCAACUAUAACCGGAUUGAGGAAGUGGAGAGGGAGGCGUUUGCUGGCUCUCAGAUCGCCAAGCUGAGUCUGAAGGGAAAUCGCCGCCUGCGCAGUCUUCAUGUGGAGGCUUUCAAGGGCAUUGGCAGUCUCCGGACCCUAGACCUUUCCGAGACCUCCAUCACCUCCCUGCCAACGAUGGGGCUGACGGACCUGGAAGUGCUGUUCCUGGAGAGAACACCGACCCUGAAGGUGUUUCCCUCCGUGUACUCCUUCAAGAACAUCGAGAAAGCACACCUCACUUACCCCUACCACUGCUGCGCCUUCCAGUUCCCGCAGCAGCACGACCCGAGGCGAUACAUGGAGUUGAUGCGGAAGAUGGAGCAGCGAUGCUCUGAUGUCACGUCGCCCAACCCUCUCGUCCUGGCACCCACCACCCGCCCGCGUCGCCGCCGUGUCCAGCUCCGCCAGAGCACCAUGGCGUCCCCGGUCGAGCCUCACCCCAGCGGAGAUAUCUACGGGCAGGCCCCAGUAGACUACAUCACGGAGGAGGGGAGUCCCGGGGAGCGGUGGGGGGGAGUGAGUCACGGCGAGGGUUGGGGUACCGUCAGUUUGUCCUCCCCAGGCGCCAGUGACGAGCUUGUGGGGAACGCCAAGAGACAUGAGCGUAGUCGGCAGUUCGAGAGACCACAGUCGUCCCCUGAGAGUGCCACGGAAAAGCUUGUUCACCACUCCUCGCCCCAGCGGAGGAAGGAAUUGAUGGAAACCACUACAGAUACUGCGUCUUCAAAUUUGCCUCACGCUCACGCCCGCCACUCCACUCACUCCACCCACUCCAGCCACUCCAGCCACCACGCCAGACUCCUGAAGCAACAGCACGACCCCGACACACCUGGUGCCGAGGGAUCAGGCCGCCUGUCACUCAAGCCGAAGGGUCGAUUCCGUCGCGGGAGCCACACCCAGCUGGGGCCUCGCCUGCCUCGCGCCCCUCGCUCGCAGGACGGAAGCAAAGUCGCUCUUCGCCAUGAGUCUCGCUUCGGCCAGCAGGCGGCGGCGCUCAUCUGGGAACCCGAGCAGGUCACCAUUCCGCGGCCCGAGAAACGUGACCCUUAUAACGAUCACCUGAACUUCCACUCUGACUCACCCAGGGAGGAGUUCGUGGGAGGCGGCGCGGGGAGCGGCUUCCCUGUAAUUCCACUUGGGUUCGGGUCCUUUAACAAUACGUACCCUAAAGCCCCGCAGAGUGUGAUACCCAAGACCAACGCCUCCGCUCAGGGCUGGGAGGGCCACGGGUGGCCGGAGCCUGCCCCGCCCUUGGACUCAGGUGACGAGUCGACCUACCUCGUCCACCCCCCCGUGGCCCACCCCGCCGAACCCCACAAAGACGAGGUGGAGGGAACCUUCCACGUGGGGGUGUUCAACAGCGAGCCGGUGGGUGAGGUGUGGCACAAGGGGCACGAGGACGCCGGCACGAAACACUCCAGCACGUGGCUCCAUGAGCAAGUGAAUAUCUCCGCCAAGAACACGACCAUCUACAUACCCUGUGGAAACCUCUCUAAGGACUACCACGACGUGCAGUGCGAGCCGGGACCUGACGCCUUCAACCCCUGCGAAGAUAUAAUGGGGAAUCUGGCGCUGCGAGUGGCGGUGUGGGUGGUGGUGGUGACAGCCGUGGUGGGCAACCUGGCUGUUAUGAUUGUCCUUAUCUCCUCGAAAUUCAAAAUGACCGUGAGCAAGUUCCUGAUGGUUAACCUCGCCCUGGCUGACCUGUGCAUGGGUUUGUAUCUCCUUAUCAUCGCCGCCAUGGACCUACACACCAUUGGGGAUUACUUCAACUACGCGAUUGACUGGCAGAAUGGCCCUGGGUGCAAGGUGGCGGGCUUCCUGACAGUGUUCGCCUCUGAGCUGUCCAUCUUCACGCUGACGGUGAUCACAUCGGAGCGGUGGUACGCCAUCACCUACGCCAUCCACCUCAACAAGCGACUCAAGCUGUCCAUGGCGGUGAAGAUCAUGGUGGGCGGGUGGACAUACUCCAUAGCCAUGGCCACCCUGCCCCUCGUAGGCGUCUCCAGCUACAGCAAGACCAGCAUCUGCCUGCCCAUGGAGACUGGUGACGGCCUGUCCCUGGCGUACCUGGUGUCGCUGCUGGUGGUCAACGGCCUUGCUUUCUUCGUCAUCACCGCCUGCUAUAUCUCCAUGUACUUCUCAAUCAGCCGCCACGACGCCACCACCGAGCAUUCUGACCUCACGGUGGCUAAAAGGAUGGCACUGCUGGUCUUCACUGACUUUGCCUGCUGGGCGCCCAUUGCCUUCUUCGGACUCACAGCGGUAGCAGGUCUUCCGCUGAUUAACGUCACCCGGGCCAAGAUCCUGCUGGUGUUCUUCUAUCCCCUCAACUCGUGCGCCAAUCCUUACCUUUACGCUAUCCUGACGAAGCAGUACCGCCGUGACCUCUUCAUCCUGCUGGCGCGGUACGGGUUCUGCACCAAGAGGGCGAUGAAGUACAAGGGCGCCUACUCGUCCGUCAACAACACCUUCCCUCACAACACGGUGGUGAACGCGCCUAAUCACCGCAGUUCCACCCUGACGCAGAUCACCUUAUGCGACCUCACCCGCACCAGGACCUCGCAGCAGAGCAACAACGGGUCUCUCUUGGGUGGCACCAUCGUCAGCGGCUCCCAGGACUCCCUUCAGAGGAAUGUCUCGCCGAUCAGGACCCCCACCAAGCCUGAGACCACUUGCGGGUGUGCUGGGGCUGAGAACGAGCGUCUCAGCACCGUGCAGGAGAUGAGCCACAGCAACCACAGCGACGAGGAGCCAUCGGACGACCACCUUGCCUCUGGCGACGAUGAAUCCCACAGCGGGGUGAUGAAGCAAGCAGGCUCCCCUCACCCCAUCAAGAACUGUUACACGCGCCUCUCCUUCACCCCAGAGCAAGAGGAGAUUCUGAAACACGCGCUCAAUGUGUCCAAGGCGAAGAAGAAGAGAGGGAGGAGCGAUAUAGAAAACGUGGACCAAGCAGCGCAGGAGCUUCUCAGCGAUCAAAGAAAACCUGGUGUAGAAAAUGGGAACUCGCUAUGUCAAGGAGAGGCUGUUGUGAUUUGCGAGAUGGGGCUCUGCAGGGAUGACGUGGAGGCGGACAGCAGAGGUAGGCACAGAGUUUCCAGGGUGUCCGAGGACGAGGAGGAAGAGGAGGAGAAGGAAAGAGAACAAGAAUUAGAAAGUAAGAUAGAGGCAACGUCUUCUGUAUAACACUCGCCUCUUCAUUUGUCUCGAAGCUCCAUUAGAGUGUAGUCCCGCGCUUCGCUUAUUAUGAUCCUUUUUUUGGAUGAUUCAAAGUCCCUCCAGUUGUCAUAUCAACGCAGGCAGAGAGAGAAAAAGCAAGAAGGUAACUAAUUAUAACCAUGCAUCCAUUCAUCCACUCAUCCACUCAUUUCCUCAUCUCAUCCAUCAGUAAGCUAAGAUUCAUGCGCAUUGCUAUUGAAUCAUUUGUCUCUGUCCGAAUUCUGAGCCUCAAAUGAAGCAGGAGGAACAAAAUUCGGAUAGUUCUGUAUAUAUUACCUACGUUGAUUUUUUUUUCUUUUUUUAUCUUACCUCUCAGCAGAUUUAUUCCUUCUCAUCCACGCAUCGAUUCAUCGGGGGAUCAUCCUUCCUUCCUCUCUCCCUCCUUCCCUUCGCUCGAAAAAUUGGCGUAUCUAUUCAGUUAUUGAGUGGAGACGAUACUGAAAUAGAUACCGCUAAUUUUAAUACCGACUGGAUGUGCGUUGAGUGUUCGAGUGCUUAGUACUUUAAUACGAGAGAGAGAGAGAGAGAGAGAGAGAGGAAGUACUCAUUCAUAAUUCCAUAUGAAUAAGAUCAUUUGCAUCAUCUAUUUAUUAGUGUUAGUGUGUACAUAAACUUUUCCGUCCUCACACGAGCUCCCAGUCUUCUGUUCGCUGCUCCCUGUCUCCCUCGACUGUACAUUUCCCGUAAGAUUGAUAACCGCUCGUCAUGUCCUGUAAGACCGCGAGGAAGAAGCUACAUCUCUGUAUUUUUGGCAUUAAUAAAAGUCGUCUGUAACGCUUCAGUA